UACUCCUUAGAAAAAUAUGGUGGGAAGUUUUCAAAAAGACAUUAUGGUGUUUGAGCUGUAGUGUAUAUAUCUGUGUAAUAUGGAAUUAUAAUUCUGUCAUACGUCGAUACGAUAUACGUGCUGUAAACUGAAAAAAGAUACAUCCUUUUGAAAUCGGAUUCUCAAUUUUUAGGUUCAAAAAUAAUUCAUCAUGCCUCAAAAUGAAUAUAUGGAACGUCAUCUUAAACUCUAUGGUAGGCGAUUAGAUUAUGAAGAACGGAAGAGAAAGAAAGAAGCUCGGCUACCUAAGGAAAGAGCACGAAAAGCACAGAAGUUGCGUGGAAUAAAAGCUAAACUGUUCAAUAAAGAACGUCGAAAUGAGAAAAUUCAAAUUUCCAAGAAUAUAAAAGCGCAUCAGGAAAAGAAGAGUAAAAAAGAAAAUGAAAAGAUUGAAGGAGGUGCCCUUCCACAUUAUUUAUUGGACAGAGGCCAACAGGCCAAUGCCAAAAUACUGUCCAAUAUGAUCAAGCAGAAGAGAAAAGAAAAAGCUGGUAAAUGGGACGUACCGCUUCCGAAAGUUCGGGCCCAAUCGGAUGCGGAAGUUUUUAAAGAGUUGAAAACUGGCAAAACGAAAAGAAAAUCGUGGAAACGUAUGGUAACAAAAGUAACAUUUGUUGGUGAAAAUUUUACAAGGAAACCUCCAAAAUUUGAAAGAUUUAUCAGGCCAAUGGGUUUAAGAAUGAAUAAAGCUCAUGUAACACAUCCAGAACUCAAGACCACAUUUUAUCUUCCUAUAAUUGGCGUUAAGAAAAAUCCUAGCUCACCUAUGUUAACAUCAUUGGGAGUUAUUACAAAAGGAACCGUGAUCGAAGUAAAUAUUUCAGAUUUAGGACUUGUUACUCAAACCGGAAAAGUUGUUUGGGGAAAAUAUGCACAAGUGACAAACAAUCCAGAAAACGAUGGUGUUAUCAAUGCCGUAUUACUCGUAUAAAUUUAAUUGUCGAAAAUAUCUAUAUUGUGUCAAUAAUUUAAUAAACAAGAGGAUAAAUUGAUUUCAUUAAA